AUGGCAAUUAAGCUUUUUGUUGGUAUAUUUUUCGGGUUUUUGAUGUACACAUCUGACAUUGCUCGUGGUAGAAAGCUUGUUGAAAGGGAAAAUCAACCCCUUGUAUAUGCAGAGGCUUCAAGUAAGAUUGGUUGUUCCACGACGGACAUGAUAUGUGGAGGAGGGAAUAAAUAUAUUAGAAAAGAAUCUCUCAAGGAAAAUAAUGGAGGAAUGUUCGUAGCAGGUAUUGGAAUAAGCUCCAAUAGUGAUAAUGGAGAAAGAACUAAGAAAAUACAAGGAAGAGGAUGUACAAAUGGUGAAGUUGGUUGUAAUGAUCUUAGCCGAAGAAACAGAAAUAACAAGAAAAAAAUCUAUUUUGAAAAUAAAAGCAAUGCCAACAAAAAUGACUACCUCAACAUCGAAAAAAACACCGUCAUCGCUAAUAACAGAAAUAAUGAAAAUAACAACGGUAGCCACAACAAUAUUGGAAACAGAAGUGGUAGCAACAAUGGUGCCGUCAACGGAAAGGUUUCCCAAAAUGGCAAUGAAACUGUUAACGGUAAUGGCAGUGGUAAUAACAAUAGUGUUGGAAUUGGAGAUGAUAGCGGAAAGGGUAACAACUCCUUCAAUUACAGUGAAGGAUCUUCAAGAGAUCCUAAUUCAAGCUAA